GACCGACCAAAUCCUCUAUUGUGAAGUGAAGGUGCUUUGUCUAUAAAUGAAUCCAUUUGCACGUAUCUCGUCAAACGAAGCCUUGAACUUGAACUAUCGGGUCUUCUUCUUGGCUCUCUCUGUUUAGGAUCGAUAUGGAUUUGUAUUUUCCUUUGGCAAUACUUGUGCUGAUAUUAGGCACACCAUACUCUAGUGCUUUUGGGAAGAGUGAAAGUAAUGUGAAAACAGCUGUUUUUCUGUCUCCCAAGUUUGAACUUGGACCGGGUUCGGUAGCCAAUAAAUUUGAUUAUGAUAUUGAUUUUCCAAGAGGUCAUAUUGCCCUCAAGAGUUUCAAUGCUGAAGUAGUUGAUGAAGCAGGGAACUCUGUGGCUCUCCAUGAAACUUAUCUCCAUCACUGGGUUGUUGCAAGAUACUAUCAACCUAAAUAUGUUAAGACACACACAAGCUAUGAUGGUCAUAGGAUACUUCAUAACUCUGAUUACGUAUUUGUGAGGAACAGUGGCUUAUGCCAGAGAAAUACUCUUGGACAGUACUUUGGCCUUGGAUCAGAGACACGAGGCACAGCUACGGAUGUUCCAGAUCCUUUUGGGAUAGCUGUAGGGGAUCCUGCAGAAAUUCCUGAAGGGUAUGAGGAGAAGUGGAUGUUCAAUAUCCAUGCCAUUGAUACACGCGGUGUAGUGGAUAAGAGGGGGUGCACUGAGUGUAAGUGUGAGCUUUACAAUGUUACAAAGGAUGCAUAUGGCAAGCCUCUAAUGCCAGACUACAAAGGAGGUUUGAAAUGUUGCUAUGAUCAAACACAGUGCAGGUUGAGGGAAGGCUUUGAGGGCCCAAAGAGGAGCCUCUACCUAAGAUACACAGUAAAGUGGGUUGACUGGGACAAGUUUCUUGUGCCUGUUAAGAUUUAUAUAUUUGAUGUCACUGAUACUAUAAAAAUAUCAGAUGAUUCUGGAGGAAUGAUCCCUGAGCAUGAUUGCCAGAUUGAGUAUGACGUUGAAUCUUGCAGCACUGACCAAAAGGAUGGUAAUGGCUGCCUUCAUGUGCAGAAGACAAGCCUUCCACUGCAAAAGGGUGGUUAUGUCAUCUAUGGUGUUGCUCAUCAACAUUCAGGUGGAACUGGAUCAACUCUAUAUGGACAGGAUGGAAGAGUUAUAUGUUCUUCGAUACCAAGUUAUGGAAAGGGAAAAGAAGCAGGAAAUGAAGCAGACUACAUUGUAGGAAUGAGCACAUGUUAUCCUCGACCUGGUUCUGUAAAUAUAAUUGAUGGUGAAACUUUAACUCUAGAGUCUAAUUACAGCAGCAGCCGUGAGCACACGGGAGUAAUGGGGCUUUUCUAUUUAUUGGUGGCAGAACAACUUCCACACCAACACUUGAAACAUACCUCUCGGUCUUCAUUCUUUAUAGAUAUUAAUAGUAUAGUUCAUUGAUUGAUAAGUAGAGAAAUGCUGCUAUAAAUGGAGAGUCACAUUGAUGGUAUCUUGAGGGUUAAAAGAAAUACAGGCAGAAUUUGGAAGUGUAAUUGGAAAAUAUACUUUUCAUUGGCGGCAGAAAUAGAACAACACAGGCAAGUACCAGCGAAGUUUCAAGAUUGAGGAAUGUAGUAUAAUGGAGUCAUUUAUGUUGCUGAUAGUUUGUUAUUGUUUGCCUUAAACCAGUCUUAUAAUAUGGAUAUGUGAUAUGUAAUAUGAUUGUUGUACAUUACAUAAAAUAGUCUUUGCCUUGGAGACUGUUUGGCAAUGAAUAUUACUGAAAUAAAUUAAGAGUUUAUUUCCA